AAUUCACCCAAUCGGAAUUUUAAAACCAGCAGCAGCGCUGUUAGAGGCAGUGAGAGCAAACUUAAUUGCAGUAAAUAACAAAAGGCAAAGUUUACUAUAUACAUAUAGAAAUUCGCAAAAAAGUGUUUUUUGUUAUGAAAUAUACAUAACAAAUUGUACUUUAUAAAUUCAUGCAAAAGAAUUUUAAUAAGAGUGUGUGAAAGUGUUGUACGGGCUGCAUUAUACAAAUGAAGAAUUCCAGUGCAUCGUGCCGAAAAAUCAAUUCUGAAAGCACUAAAAGGCGCAGCGCUAGCUAGAAGCAGUAGCGGUGACGGCGACUGUGACUGCAAAGUAAAAGCAACUUGCUGUGUUUUUAUGUAAACCAGAGGGGUGGUGGCAGAGGCAGUAGCAGCAACAGCAGCAAAGCUAAAGAAGACAUCGAAACAUUGGCACCCACGUAGAAGGCAGCAGGGAGCAGGCAGCACGCAGUAUCAGAAAAUCACUUGCAUGGAAUUAAUAAUUGUCUAGUGUGGCGGCGGCAGGCGUAUAAACACGUUAACUUGUGUAAAAAUAACCAAGCAAGAGUAGAGUGUGGGUGCGUUGGUUCGUCGGUGUGCAGAGUGCGUAAAUCAGUUGUUCAGUUAAAUCAGUUGUAAAAGCUAAACGAGUAGGGGUUCAUAAAUUCGUGCAGUUGUUCGCUAGUUGCAAGACAGGUGUCGAUGUUUGUGUUGCAGAUGUUAUACGGAAAGGUGUUGAGGGAAAGUGUGUGAAAUUCGGAAAAAUCAGGCAGGUCUAGUCACAUAUGCAGGCGCGAGCUGUACUGUAAGGAACGUACCAACGUAGUCAAAGCGAGACGCAAAUCCAGUUCGGUCUGUACGUGGCGCUGUGCCAAAACCGUCUUUCAAGGUCGUCGGCAUUAAAGUGGACAAUAACCACAUCAAACGCAAGCAAGAGGCGACGCGACUCGUAGUCAAGAGGCAAAGUUAUUUGAACGGGAAGUCAACGCCGGAAGUGCUGCAGUUUGUGGUGACGGUUAAAUUAUAAUCCGUAAUAUGGCCAUUAGCUUCGAGAAACAUCGCGCACAAAUCGUAGCAGCCUGGAAAGAUGUUUUGGAUGAUAAGAGCAGCACAAAUUGGUCACUUUAUGGCUACGAAGGUCAAACGAAUGAACUGAAGGUCGUGGGCAGUGGAGAGGGUGGGCUGGAAGAGCUAUGUGAGGAUCUGAAUAGCGGCAAAAUUAUGUACGCCUUUGUGCGAAUCGAAGAUCCGAAGACGGGAUUGAAAAAGUUUCUACUCAUCAAUUGGCAGGGGGAAGGUGCUCCAGUGUUACGCAAAGGCACUUGUGCCAAUCACAUACACGACGUCGCGAAGUUAAUAUCCGGCGCUCAUUUGACAAUAAAUGCCCGCAAUGAGGACGAUAUCGAUUUGGAGCGCUUGGUGAAGAAACUAAGCGCCGUCAGCUCUACGUAUAGCUUUAAGGAGCCACGCGGCGUGCAAGAUGAGCAGAAGACACCUGUAGGCACAAAUUACACGCGAGUCAUACCCACGAAGGAGCUGAAUCCGAGCGUGAUGCAGGACUUUUGGAAGAAGGAAGAGGAAGAGGAGAAACGACGUAUUGCCGCCGAGAAGGAAACGAAGCGACAACAGCUGCUUAAACUCGAACAGGAGCAGCGCGCACGCGAGGAGAAGGAGCAUUUGGAACGCGAGAAGAAAGUGAUUAGCGCGUCCAAACUGCAGCCGGCGCACGUGCCGAUUAAGACCUCUCCACAGCCACUUAGUCCUGAGAAAACUGUCGCCAGCAAUUUCUCCGCCGGCCUGACUGAAGCAGAACGUAUGCGCCAGCAGCGCAAUCAGGAAGCGCGUGAGCUGAUUGGUUCGCGUGUCAUUGCAGCCAAAGCAAUUUUUACCCAAAAUACCAGUCAAGGCCAGUUGCAAACAAAAUUAAACACCGCACCACCUGCCAAACCUGCGCGCACAUCCAUAGCGCAACGUAUUAAUGCCUUUAAUCAGCCACAGCCAAGCGAACCGGAACCACGCAAACCCUCACCUACACCCGGUCGAGUCGCGCUUUCGAAAUUCGAGGAUAUUUCCUUCGUCAAUAAUGGCAAUCAACAGCCACAGCAGUCACCAGUUGUGCAUACCAUUACACAACGUGCGCCUUCGCCGGCCACAGUCACUGUGCCCACACACACACUGACUCCAACGCAAAUUAUUGAACCUUUUGCAGCAGCCGCGGUGGCACCUGCGUUGGCGACAAAUGCACUGGAGGAGGAGGUGGAGCAACCGGUCAAGCCGGAAAUCACCGCCAUUGCCAAUAAUGAUGAUGUGCCCUCGGCCGCCGAUGAUUACGCUGCCGAAAAUGAAGAACAAUAUUCCACCAUAAAACGCUCGCCACAUAGCAAAUCGAAUUCACUACAAUCGCCAGAGACUUCAUCUUCGAAUGCGACCGAUACGGCUGUCUAUCAGGAUCAAGAUGAUGAAGGCGAGGAGUUGGAAGAGGAGGAGGUGGUACGCACAAAGGUGUCGGUAACGGUGCAACAACCGCAGUCGGUCAAGAAUGGUAUUAGCAGCGCGUUGGAUAGAAAUGAUUUGACUGAUUUGGUCAAUGAAGAUGACUUCAUUUGUCAGGAGUCACUGGGUGAUGUAGGACUGAAAGCAAGAGCUUUAUAUGACUAUCAAGCAGCCGACGAAUCAGAGAUUACUUUCGAUCCGGGUGACAUCAUUACGCAUAUCGAUCAAAUCGAUGAAGGCUGGUGGCAAGGGCUCGGACCCGAUGGAACUUAUGGACUGUUUCCGGCAAAUUAUGUCGAAAUUCUUAACUGAACAAACGAGGGAAUUAAUUAUAUGCAAACAAUUGCGAAAGAAACAAAAAAAGACAAAAUUGAUUGAUAAACAUUUUAAAUAAAUUUCUUAAACUUUUACAAAUGCAAAUUAAUGCAAGAAAAAAAAACACAAACACACACAGCAAAUUAAAAAACAAAAUAAUUGAAAUUUAGCAUCUAUAAUCACAAUUGCCGACCCUUAGAGCAAUCACAUCCAUACCAUAUUAAAAGAAAUCCGAAGCACAGCACAACUGAUGAAGAGAAAUCCGAGAGGGAUUAGAAACUCCUAAUACUACUGAAGCAAUUGAAUUCUUAUGCAUUUUUAUAGCAACGUACAUACAUAAAUAAAAAUUGAAAACAAAAAUAAAAAUAAAAACAAGAAUCAUUGGCUGCGCUACACUGCAAACACACGAUUUAUGCAAAUUAAAAGUAAAUGAUGAGAUUAAAUCGACAUUUUUCAAAACGUAUAAACUUUUACGCACUCACACACACAAUUUUUGAUGCAUUUUUUAAAAACAAAUUUCUAUACUAAAACUAAAAAUAUAUUAAAAAUUUAAAUAAAACCAAUUGUACGCCUAGCAAAGAAAAACAAUCCAAGAAUCAAUUACAGCCAAGUAUUUGCGUAAAUUUAUAAUGUUUUCGAACUGAAAAAUUUAAGAAGCAAAAAAACAAAAAAAACCAAAACAAAGAAGAAAAUCAAUACUAUUAGUGCCAAGCUGUAAAAAACCACAUACUCACAUAAAUACAUACAUAUAUUCAGCGUAAACGAUUGCGUUCAGUAAACGAGAUUAUAACAGUAAAAUCUUAUGUAAAAAAUACUACGUUAUAUAUAAAAAAUUUUGUAAAUCUGUUGCCUAUAUGUUAAAGUCAGUGCGAAAUCGAUAGGCGAAUAUUAUUGAAAUUGUAUGAGUAUUUGCAGUUUUGUUAUUGGGGAAUAUGAAAGGCAGUUAAAUUUUGUCGUUGUUGCCACCUUCUUUUGUAACCAACCGCAUUUGUUUCAACUUUCUUUGUAUUUAUUUAAUAACAGCCCAAGAAUUGCUGCUGGUUGUUUUUGUUGUAAAUGCAUAAUUUAUUUUCGAAAAAUUACUGGAAAAUGCUGCUGGAUAUAGGCGCAUGGUAGGCACAACUGUUGUGUUUUGUUUUUUUUGUAGCAGCAUAAGCAUUUUCCAUACAUGCUGGGAAUGCUGCUGGAGUGGCAGUUCCUGGCCGGGUAUACUUAGUCUUGCCAUAAAUUCUGUGACAAAUUUUUCAAUGCAUACGGCGAGAACGAAUUUGCGGAAAACAGUUUCGGUUUUGUUUGCUUUUGUUCGUAUGCAUUGUCUCCUCAUAAACUAUAUUCAGUUACGUGACGAAUUUCGCUUGUUAACAAUGGAGUGGGGAGCUAAGGGAAAUCGCAUUGCAGUGAUUACAUUACAGAAAUGUGGUGAAAGUGCCAGGGAGAUUUACGAGUUGCUGAAAAAAUUUAAUAUUUCGAGAAUGUUUGUUUACCGCACGAUCAAUCGUUUUUCCGAAACGUCUGAAGUGACAGACAGAAAAAGGAGUGGUCGUUCGAAAAAGAACUCGCAGAAAUCCCCUUAGAAAGCAGAAAAUCAUGUCCAGGGAAAUUAAUGUAUCGACCAGAUCCAUGUCAAGACUAAUUAGAGAUGAUUUCUACAUGAAAGCCUUCCGUCGCUCAACUGGUCAUUUUUUUGGCAACGCACUUGAAGAAAAUUAAACUUCUUCGUGACACGCGGUUCACGGCCAUGAAAAUAUUAUUUUCACAGACGAAAAAAUGUUCACUGUUGAAAAAGUUUUUAAUGAGCAAAACGACAAAAUCUAUGCUAAAACUUCUAAACACGCAAAACAUGUUAUUCGAAGGGUUCAGCGUGGCCACCUCCAGCCUCCGUAAUGGCUUGUUGGGCAGUGUCUUAUAUGGUAAAGGCGUUACAUCUCUUCAUUUCUGCAAAGAAGGGGCUAAGACCGGGGCAAAAGUGUACCAGGAGUAUCUCUUAGAAAGCGUGGUGCAGCAGUUGAGCUGUAUUCUCUUCAAUGGAGAGUGUUGGAUCUUCCAACAAGAUUCCGCACCAGCCCAUAAGGCAAAAACCACUCAGCAGUGAAACACAAUAUUCCUGAGUUCAUAGCCGCAGAAGUUUGGCCGUCUGGAAGUCCAUAUCUGAAUCCAUUGCACUACAGUUUGUGCCAGCAUUGGAGAACACGGCCUGUCGAAGAAUUCACAUAAAUCUUGGGGACUCUCAAACAAUCUUUGGUUCGAGCACCAGCGAUUAUGGAAACUGUGCGUGCGGCAAUAACUGAAUGGCCAAAUCGUUUAAAGGCUUGUGUAAAAGCAAAUGAUGAUCAUUUCGAAUGAAAAUUUAAUUUUUUUUUAAUAUUUACUUUAUUAAAUAAAACUAACUUCAUAAAAAUGAUUAUAAUUUCAUAUCUAUAACGGACUUAACUUGUAACAGAACUGGCAGGACUAAGUUAAUCCGAAUGCCGCGCGAACGACAAUUGUUGUGCAUUAUGGUGUGCCGCUAUUUUCCAAAAAAAAUUUUAAACUGUGUUUCUAUUCAUUAUAACUUAUUUUUUUUGCUAAAUACUCAUCUUUGAUCCUCAAGCAAGUAUAAAUUUGUCUAAUAUUUCAAAUGUUUAUAAAAUAAUUUCUCUUUUAUGUUGUACUUUUUUUUAAAUUUAAAACCAUAUGCCAGUUAAAAGCACACACGAACAUAUCUUACUUUAGAAAAUAUUUAUUUUUUACUUAAAACAACAAUGCGUCCUUAUUACGUCCAAAUAAGCCAAUUGUCAUAAAAUCCAAAAAAAUUUUAAUUAAACAAAAAUUUAUAUGUAUUUACAAUUUAGUGCAGUGGAGUCAUAUUUAGCAUAUUUAUUAAUUACUGAGAUUUUGUAUUAGCAAAACAACUACUGCGCAUCACUAACAUUCACUUUUUUAGCCUUCAAAAGACUUGAAAAGAAGUUGCGAUUUUCAUAAUUUGUCCAUUUUAUAUACAAACAAAUAUAUAUACAUAUAUACACAUACAUACAUAUACCUUUGUUAGUAUUUAUUACUGUAAAACUUAUUCCAAUACUUAAUUUUUCACUCGAUUAAAGAUUUUGUAGAUUUUUUAUAAUUAUGAAAAUGAAUGGCGGAAACCGAUUGUAGCCCGCAAAAAAAAGAAAGAAAGUAAGAAAAAAAUUAAGUGUUGAAUGCAUUGUAUUUGUACUUUUAUUCAAGGAAUCUUUUUGUAUUCAAAAACUGUUUUCCAUCAUUUUAAGCAUUUAACAGAAUAUAAAACAAAAAUCAUUAUGUACUACGAUUACUAACAAUAUUUAUUGUGAAACAAUAAUAAGAAUUCAAUAAAAUUAAAAACAGUAUA